AUGGACCGGCUGCGUCCCUCGCUCAUGUCCGCGUGGCAUACGCUGCAGGACCGCGUCCGCCAGCUGCGGCGCAACCGCCGCGACCACCUUGUGCACCAUGUCGGCUUGGCGUACCUUCUGGUCGUCCCCGUCCUCCUCGCCGUCGCGACCGCCCUCGUCCUCUUUGUCCACUCCGACGUCAACGUCGCCAUGCUUUUUUCGCAGUGCCACGCGCGGGCCCGUCUACCGGGCCUCUCACGCAUCCCGCUGCUGGGCACGCCAUCCUGUUUUCUCGUCAGCUUCUUCCAGGAGGCGCUCGCCCGCAGCUCGACGCGCGCGUUUGCGUCCAUGAGCGCCGUGCUCUCGUUCAUCGGGUCGCUGCUCACCGUCAGCACGGUCGAGGCGGCGCGCAUCUGCAACGGGCCGAGCGUGCUGAUUGCCUACCCGACGGGGCCCUGGCUGGUGUUCAACCUCGUGGGCGGCGCCAUGGUGUGGGAGCUGCUCAUCACCCCGGCCUUUUUCCGCCGGUCCAAGGAGAUGCUGCGGGCCCACGACGCGGGCCACGACGCGGGCCACGACGGCGACGGCGACAGCGCCGCCAAUCCCAAUACGGGCCGCGACAAGCGCCACCUGGCCGUCGUGUCCGAAGUCGUGGCCAUCCCCGUGGCCGUCGCGCUCGGGUUUGUCGUGCCGUCGCUCGCCAUGCUCGUGACCGACCACCCCGUCGCCAUCGCCGUGUGGCUCUUCUUCCCCGUCUACGUCUCGCUCAUCCGCCAGGGCGUGCGUUUUGUGAUCCAAUCGGCGGGCCAGCACCGCCCCGGCCGCACGCUGCACCUCGAGUCGCACACCCCCGCGCUGCUGGCGGUCUACGCUGUGCCGCUGCUGUGCUCGGUGCUCUCCCACGGGCUCGUCCUGUGGCUUCUUGUGACGGGCCGGCCCGACGACCGCCAGGAGAUGACGCGCUCGACGCUGCGGUUUAUUGAAAUCGACGUCGUCUUCAUCGUGCUGACGGUCCUGUACUGGAUCCUGGUGGAGGCGGGCUGGCGUGUGGUUGCGGUGGUGCUGGGCGCGUCGGUGGUGCUGGGCCCCGGUGCCGGCCUGUGCAUUGGCUGGAUCUACCGGGAGCACCAGCUCGGGUUUGUCGACGACGAUGAUCACCACAGCGUCGAGGGCGACGGCGGCGGCGGCCACGACGGUGCAGGCGCUGCUGGGGAGCAGACACCUUUGCUUCGGUGA